CUGCUCUUUGCCCCCCUUCUGCAGAGCACAACUUGAAGUGCGAGGUGUGCGGAGCUCAGUUUGGGACCAGACGGGGACUGUCCAGCCACGCUCGCUCUCACUUGCGCCAACUGGGCAUCAGCGUCUCGGAGAGCAGCGGCGCACCCAUCGACCUCCUCUACCAAAUUGCCAAGGAGCGCAACUUAGACAGCCAAAUAAGCUCAUCCCUCCUGGAGCCCCUCUCAGCCAAGGACCCCUCCACUCCUCAGAAAGAUGAGGAUUUAGAAGACAUGGACUUGGACGAGAAACCCAUCCCUCUCUCCCUCCUGGCCAAAGCAGCGAAGGCGGUGCCGCCCUCUUCCUCCUCCACACCGUCUCCUGGUGCCUCCCCAGCUCCGCCUCAUUCUGGCUCGCCUUCGUCAGUAGUGAGAAAAGCCCCCAUUUCCUCUCUGCUGCCUGUGUCUUCCCCCUUGCGCUCCCCGGAGCACAAGGCCGGGGGGAUGAAGAGCCUGACCUCGACCCUGUCCGCCCCGGCCACCGUCACAGCAGCCAAACCCCUCUGGGCUCCACAGGAGAACGACGCUCCUCUCAACCUCACGCUGGAGGUCGACCCCAACAAGGACAUUGUGUGUCAGCUGUGCGGCGCCUGGUUCGAGACGAGGAAAGGCUUGUCCAGCCACGCACGAGCCCACCUGCGGCACUUUGGGGUGGAGUACUCCGAAUCCAAGGGCUCGCCCAUCGACCUCCUGAACCAGCUCAUAGACAGUGACGAGUUCAAGCACAAAGCCAGUACGUUGCCGCUUGACAGCCUCACGGAGCCACGGGGCCUCACCACGCUCUCCUCCCCGAAGCUGUCCAUGCUGAGCCUCUCCUCCUCCCCUCCGUCAUCCCUCCUCUACAAGGUGACCACAGCCGGAGGUGGGUCAGCGUCCAAAGCUACCUCUUCCUCGUCCUUACUCAGCCCGCCUGCCAAACGUCACAAGUCUUCUUCCAUGCAGCUCUUCCGCCUGAGCAGUGGCGAGCUCAUGGCGCUUCCACACAGCGAACCUCCAAAGGAAAUAGGCUGUGAGUUCUGCGGGGAGUAUUUUGAGAAUCGCAAAGGGCUCUCCAGCCACGCCCGCUCCCACCUGCGCCAGAUGGGCAUCACCGAGUGGUCCGUCAACGGCUCGCCUAUCGACACCCUGAGGGAGAUCAUCACACGACGGGGCCUCCCCUGCGCCCUUCCUCUAAAACCUCUCAAAACUCCACCUCCAUCCUCGCCGGGGCCCCCUCGUUCUCCUCUGUCCACCUCCUCCUCCCCUUCAGCCACCCUCCUCAGUCGCCUGCCCUUCACCUUCGCCCGUCCCUCCAGUCCUCCUCAGCCCACCGUGUCUAAAUCGGGCUCGGCUCCUCCGACGUCUUCUUCUGGUGGGCUAAUCCUCAAGCUGAAGCCUGAGCCGGUGCAGCUGGAGGUCACCACGCCUGGAGCUGUGGGGAGAUCUGGGAGCUUCUCCGCUGAACCUCUGGGCUGCAGCUGGAGCAGCGCAGACAAUUCGUUCCCCCUCAACUUGGCCAUGGCCCAUGAGGUCGAGCCAACAAGGGAUAUCCGCUGCGAGUUCUGCGGAGAAUAUUUUGAAAACCGUAAAGGCCUUUCCAGCCACGCCCGCUCCCACUUGCGCCAGAUGGGCAUCACAGAGUGGUCCGUCAACGGCUCGCCUAUCGACACCCUAAAGGAGGUUAUGCACAAGCGAGGGGUGAGCUCCUCCUCCGACCUGGGCGUGAAGAAGGAGUCGAGCCAGGGGGCCCACCGAUGGGAGAACACCGGGGGCUCCAGCAGCUCAGAGGGUUUGUCAGUUUCGGGCUACCAGUCGUCCAAGUUCCGUAAAUCUCCCCUCAGUUUGCUGCAGUCGGGGUCGAGACUCCAUAAGCAGGGCCUGGGGUCCGUGGGCACCUCAGCGACGCCACCGGCAGGGAAGCUUUUCAGGAUGUCCCCGCUGGGAAAAAGACCCCAGUCAGAGGAGUCCCAGUCCGGCGAGACGUCCCGCUCUCCUCCACGUCAGCUGAAGACGUUCUCCCCUCUGCCACACGAUUUCUCCUACAAAAGAAAAGCCUCUCCGGACAAGCACGGACACCAGGAUCCCAGCUGUGAGCUGUGCGGUUUCUACUUUGAGAACCGCAAGGCUCUGGCCAGCCACGCACGGGCCCACCUGAGGCAGUUCGGCGUGACCGAGUGGUGUGUGAAUGGAUCCCCCAUCGAGACGCUCAGCGCUUGGAUGCGCAGCAGGCCACAGAAGGUUUUGGAAAUGCACCGCAGCUACAUGCAGGGCAGCCGCUCCUCUCUCAAGAAGAAAGCCUCCUCCACCUCCUCGCCCUCCUCGCAGUGGGCUUCUUCCCUGGCUGUGAGCCUGGUGCGAUCGCAGAGCCGCGACGUCAACCAGGGCUCCUCCAAGACCGCGGAGGGCGUGGAAGCUGGUUCCGACCUCCGGGCCGCCGCCGCCCGGCCCGGCUGCAGCAGUCCUAGCCCCUCGCGGCUCGCCGGCGGCCUCCCGCUUCAAGCACAGGUGGCACGUAGUGAGCUGAAUGUCCGUCUGCCCAGAGGUUUCGAGCGGCGGCCCUUGAAGCACCCGUCUUGUCCAGAUGGAACGGAGAGAGACAGCGGCCCUCCCAAGCCCCCCCGCACAGGCACCGUCCCUGCCCUGGUGCCCAAACCACCCUCCUACCCACUGGUCAAACUGGUGGGCAAGUUCUACACCCUGAAGUGCCGGUUCUGCGAGGUGGAGUUUCACGGUCCGCUGUCGGUGCAGGAGGACUGGAUCAGACACCUCCAGCAGCACAUCCUCAAGAUGAACUACAACAAGCCCGCUGCUCCCAGAGCGUCCUCCACUGAACCCCCCGCCCCGGCCGACGACCCGGCCCAGGCUUCCGCCCCAGCCUCCACCUCUACCUCCACCACGCCGGCCCUCAGCUCCACCCCGACCCGCACCACGGCGCCUAACAGCCGCUCCCCUACGCCUGUAGCCGAGUGCGCUCGCACCGCCACUGCCACAGAGGUCGUAAAGGUCUCGGAGGAGCAGCCCGCCCUUUCUCCGACUCCCAUCCCCCUUCCCCCCCAGAUGGUGUAAGCUCAAAGUCAUCGCUCACUGUCCUUUUUUUUUUUUUUUUUAACCCCGUCUUGUUUUCUCCUGCCUUCACACGUUCUUUUUUUUUCGUCCAUCUGUUUCUUUGGCCUUCACAAAGUGUUGUUGUGGAUGGACGAGCGUCUCCCCUCCAAAGAGCCCUCGGAGCCCCAAGCACCUUUUGAAGUAGCUUUCCAGGCUGUUCGUAAGUCCCGUUACCAUGGGAACCAAGCUCUCCUGGCUUAUCUGCACACCGGGGAUUGUGGGAACUGUCCAAGGUUACAAGGAGAGACAAACUCACGUCGUGUGUUUCUUGUUUAUCUCGAGUGAUGAUUCGGAAACGUCGCUGUCGCCCUCCUCUCGCUCACUGGGCGAAUCAGGGGUUAAUCAAACUUCCCCCUCCCCUUGUCUGUGACACCCCUCCCCCCCCCCC